CAGCCAAGAUCCUCCUCCUUCAGCCCAUUCUGUUGCCCACAAAUAGUCAAAACCAUCGUUUUUUCUGACGUCAUCAUGUCCAUCUUACAGUCCAGGGUUUUGUUUUGACUCGGUCUUUCUUUUUUCCAUUGCCGUUCACCAUAUUAACUAAAUAUUCACAACAAACCUCACAGUCGCUUCUCUUUUGAUUGUAUAUCCCCAAUAUUCAAAAACCCUAAAAUUCCUUCCCCCAACGAAAUCUCACUUCUCUUUCGUCCCCAAUUCGCUAUUCAUGGUUAUCCCCAAAUUGUACCAGUUUUGAUUUCCCAGUUCCGUUCCCACCCUCUAAUUUUCAUAAGCCAUGGACCAUCAAUUGCACGAUCCGUCGCCAAUUCUAAUCCCGAAAUCCUCGAAUUCCUAUAAUCUCAUAAACAAUUCCUCAGUAUGGCUCGAAAUCCGUCUCUUUUACGUACGGAUCGCACCUUGCGUUGUCGACAGCGUCCCUGACCACCUCACCCUCUGCCACCUACGCCGUGAAAUCGGUGUCUCCCUCGAAAUCAAUGGAUCUCGUGUCCCAGCCUCUGAUUCCGCUUCCCUUACCCUCCGCCGUGACCGCCUCAACCGAGAAUCAUCCGAGGUCACUUAUUUAAGCACCGACAGCGUUCGCGUCACGGGAGGGUUUGAAUUCGAGGUGUACGAGGAUGAAAAGAUGGUGUUGUGUGGCUCGUUGCAAAGGAUGGAAGGAGAGUGGAGCAUGGAUUGUUAUAUGGCCGCCGCGACUAUGGAGCCUGGGAAUUCUGCGUUUUUUCAGCCGAAGAUGGGGGUUUUGGCGCCGGGUAUUGAAGUUUAUAUUGCGGGGUGCUGUGCGGGUGUGCCUGUGAUAUUGACCAAGACUAUACUUGUGAGUCCUAAGAGGAAAGGAGGAUCGAGGCUUAGUUGGACGUUGGAUGCAAUUCCUGAGGAUGAGGAGAUUAGCGAAGGGAAAAAUAAGGAUGGCAAUGGAUUGAUUAGAAACCGGAAAUUGAAGGUUACAGAAGCUGAAGUUGAAGAUUACGACUCUGAUGGGAAAAUUGGACAUAGUUACUACUCUGAAGACAUGUAUGCUGGUGAGGAUGGCCAACUUUCAUGGUUUAAUGCUGGUGUUAGAGUUGGUGUUGGAAUUGGCCUCGGCAUGUGCCUUGGGAUUGGAAUUGGAGUUGGACUGCUAAUGCGAUCGUAUCAAGCAACUACCCGUAAUUUUAGGAGGAAACUCAGAUCCUCUGCCGCAAUGCCUCACCGUAACAAUCCUACGCCUCUCCCUUUGGUUGUUUCCCUCAACUGCAUCGAAGAUUGCUUCCUCGAACAAGAGUCCUUAGCCGGCGUCGCACUCGUCGAGCACGUCCCUCUUGGCAGCUUAGGCGACGGGAAGAUCGAGGCUGCCAUGGCUGUCCUCCUCCACUCCCUCGCCUACCUCCCUCGAGCUGCUCAGCGUCGGCUCCGUCCUUAUCAGCUCAUCCUCUGCCUCGGCUCCUCUGACCCCACCGUCGACUCUGCCUUAGCAGCUGACCUCGGACUACGUCUUGUCCAUGUCGAUGCCUCGAGAGCUGAGGAGAUCGCGGACACUGUCAUGGCGCUUUUUCUUGGCUUGCUUCGUCGCACGCACUUGCUCUCUCGCCACGCGCUUUCAGCUUCCGGCUGGCUCGGUUCGGUUCAGCCGCUUUGUCGGGGAAUGAGGCGAUGUCGAGGACUAGUGUUGGGAAUUGUUGGUAGAUCUGCGUCAGCCCGGGCUCUGGCAUCCAGAAGCUUAGCCUUCAAAAUGAGUGUGCUUUAUUUUGAUAUUGUGGAGGAAAAUGGAAAAGUAAGUAGGUCUUCUAUAACAUUCCCACCAGCUGCCCGUAGAAUGGAUACGCUUAAUGAUUUACUAGCUGCAAGUGACCUUAUAUCACUUCAUUGCGCUUUAACGAAUGAAACUGUUCAGAUUAUCAAUGCUGAAUGUUUGCAGCUUGUAAAGCCAGGGGCUUUUCUUGUGAAUACGGGUAGCAGCCAGCUCUUGGAUGAUUGUGCAUUGAAGCAGCUUCUCAUUGAUGGCACCUUAGCUGGUUGUGCCCUGGAUGGAGCUGAAGGGCCACAGUGGAUGGAAGCAUGGGUGAAGGAGAUGCCAAAUGUGUUGAUACUUCCACGAAGUGCAGAUUAUAGCGAAGAAGUGUGGAUGGAGAUAAGGGAGAAGGCAAUCUCUAUGUUGCAAACAUUCUUCUUUGAUGGGGUUAUACCAAAGGAUGCCAUUUCUGAUGAGGAUGAGAAAGAAAGUGAAAUAGUUGAUGAAAAAGGACAGUUUAGCAUACAAGAGAAAGAAAGUUCUUUGCAGGGAUCAAGUGGUGAACAAUUGACCGAUGAUAUUCAACUAAGUCCUGAAAGCUCCCAUAAAAAGGAUACCAAUCAAUCUAAGGAUUCUCCUAAUCAGAAUCAAAGUUCCAGUUUUUCUCAUAACAUUGCCGCUAAACCAGAUGCGAGACGCAGCAGAUUAGGUAAAAAGGCCAAAAAGAGGCAUUCCCGUCAAAAACCCCUACAAAAAUCAGAUGAACCCUUGAUAUUAGAGAAAGAAAGUACUUCACAAAGAGAAGAUGACACUGCUAUGAGUGGCACAGAUCAAACAUUAAGUUCUGGUUCUCGGUCACCUGAAGACACAAGAAAUAGGAAAACACCUAUAGAAUUAACGCAAGGGUCAACUUCUGACCAGCUUUUUAAAACUAGCAAGAAACUAAGUGGACAGUCUGGUGAUACGCUGAAGGAGGGAUGUGUUAUAGCUUUGUAUGCAAGAGAUCAUCCUGCACUCCAUGUGUCCAGACAAAGAGUUAAAGGUGGUGGUUGGUUCCUAGACACCAUGUCAAAUGUAACCAAAAGAGAUCCUGGAGCACAGUUCCUUGUUGUCUACAGAAGCAAGGACACAAUUGGUCUGCGUUCCUUUGCUGCUGGUGGGAAGUUGCUGCAGAUUAAUAGAAGAAUGGAAUUUGUAUUUGCUAGUCACAGCUUCGAUGUUUGGGAGAGUUGGACAUUACAAGGUCCUUUGGAGGAAUGUAGGCUGGUCAAUUGUAGAAAUCCUUCAGCAAUUUUGGAUGUACGCAUAGAGAUUCUGGCAGCUGUAGGGGAGGAUGAUGGGGUUACUCGCUGGCUCGAUUAGGUUUUGAACUGAUUCAGGGGGCUAAAUUUUUAUUGCCUGCUUCACUUUUUUUCUUUUUGUUUUACUCUUCUGGGUUUGUAUUGCCAAUUGCCAGAACAGCCUGUAAAGCAUUCUUUACUCUUCUGUUUUUUUUCUUUUUUUUUGGGUUUUUGGAGGUAUCAACAUUGCAUCCCUUUUUCAUUCUUUUUUGAGCGUAAUGAUGUAAUGAUUGUAUACUUUACGCGAGAGGUUUCCUUGUUUUUACUCCAGACGAACCGCUUUUGCUUUUAUCAAUCCCUGAAAGAGUUGCAGCCGAGA